AUGGAUGAUGUUUUAAAUGAAAACAAAAGAUUAGCAGCUGAAAGCAAGAAAGUGGCUGAUCGUGAAAAGAUUCUCGAAAUGCGUGUUAAGAAGUUAGAAUCUGAAAACAAGUCUUUAUUGAAGAAGAUAGAUGCUGAUCAGACCGAGAUUGAUAUCUUGAAGGUGAGGGUGACAGAGUUAGAGGAGGAAAAGGCGCGUAGAGAUGAGCAGAACAAAUAUUUUGAAUUAAAGAACAAAGAACUUGAAGCUGCAAAGGCAUUGAAAGAGCAUGAAUUUUACAUGAUGAACAAAGUGAUAGAGAGUAUGCUCGGAAAGUCUAUUGAGCAGAAGUUUGAAGAAAUUCAAGUAGAGGAAGUCAGGGCUAAGCGCCAAGCUGAGAUUGAAGCUCUAAUGAAAGACAAAGGCAAGAAUGCUGAAGGCAGUGUGGCAGUAGCUGAAAGAUCAAUUGUUCCAUCUCUAGUUAUUGAGAAUCCUGUUCCUAUAUCUUCUAUCUCUGGUAUUUUUGAGGAAGAUGUAUCUCUUGAAGAUCUUGCUGGUAAUGAUGGCGAUGAAGAAGAUGAUGAAGAAGAUGACGAGGAAGGAGGUGAUGACGAAGAAGAUGACGAUGAUGAAAAAGUCUUCUCUACAAGUAUUCAUGGUUCUGAUGAUGACAAUAACGAUGAUGAUGAUCAGGUAGGUACUGGUGUUACUGUAUCUGAAGCUUCCAAAGAACAAAACGUUUAUGAUUACAUGAAUGAUGAGGCGAAUGAAGAAACAGAGGGAGCUGAAGGAGAGGGGGAGCAUGGUGAUGAUCAGAAUGUUGAUCAAGUUGAGAAGCUGAUUCUUCGAAUUGAACCUCAUGUUGAAGAAGGUGAGAUCAGGCAUACCUACACAUUGGAUGAAGUCUUGAAGAUGUUCAAUGUGAAUGAGAAUGAAUUCAAUUUUGAUUUCGAAGAAGAGCUGAAUGCUUUCGACAUCAACCAUCAACCAGAAUAUAAAUACAAGUAUGUUGAGGAUGCAGAUAUGUAUGACAAGGUUGAGGUUGAAGAUUGUUCCGAUGAAGAAGGUAUUACUGAAGAUACUUCUAAUCUUCCAACGCUAAUGGAGUUCUUCACUGAUGAGAAUCGUGAUGAAUUUAGAAGGAAAGUUUCUGAGAUUCUUAAAGACAAAAACUUUGAUGGCACCACGAAAGAUCCACUGAAGGAAGAACGUAAGAAAUGGUUCAAAGAAAGCAAUGAACGUAAAUUCAAGAGACCAUUGAAGUAUUAUCAAAGAGAUAGAAGUAUUUCCUUGGGGGAUAUCAUAAGUUGGGGUUUUCUACCUCAAGUGAAUGCUUAUGCGAUCAGAAGAGAAUGUGGCGUUCAAUAUUUUGAAAAGUUACAUCAUGUUAUGUCUUUGCCAUGGUGGGAUGUGGAUGAGCUAUCUAUAGUAAGAACUUUGGGAUAUUCUGUUAGAAAAAAUGAUAUAGCUAUGUGGGGCCUGAUAAAGUUUGAGGCAUUGAAAGACUUCAAGCAUUGGAAGCCUCAUUACCGAAGAGAGUUAGACGAAUUAAUCCUGUGA